CCCUCUCUCUACCCCUUCACAUCCCUCCCAACACACUCUGCUGUAAAUCCGGAUCCUGCAGUGGCUGCUCAAGCAGUAGGAGCUUAUGCCGUCUAAUGCUACCUGCCUCACUGGAGCUUCAGGUUAGUCUAAGACACAGAAACUACUCGCCAGCCAGGGAACUGAGAGAGGGACCUAGGGGGAACAGAACAGCCACAGAUUGUAGAAAGGGAAGAGCAAGACAGCGUUAAAAGCAGUGAAUGCGAGAAAAAAAAAAGAAAGCCCAGGAAUAUCCCUGUUCAGCAAAGCAGCAGCUCUGCCACUGUUUCAGGAGACAAAGGAGAGCAGCCUUGGCUGUGGACCUCAGGAGUGGAAAGAAGUGACUGGAAUGCAAAGAUGAGGAAGAGGCGUGUCCUUCUGAUGCCCGACUGUGUGGUUCUCCUAUGGCUGUCCACCCUGCUGGGCCUCCAGGCCCUGUCUGCCUGCCCCCCCAUGUGCACCUGUAACCGCAGCCUCAGGGAGGUGGACUGUUCCUGGAGGGGCCUGAAGACGUUGCCCCCGGGCCUGCUGCACAACCUGCACUCCCUGAACCUGUCCCAUAACCGCUUCCACGACCUGGACGGCCAGCUGAGCGCCUUCGCCCACAUGCGCACCCUGGACGUGUCCCACAACCGCCUGGUCCGCCUGCCCUCCUCCCUGCCCAGGGCCCUGUGGGAGCUCCAUGCAUCCGCCAACCGAAUCCGUCUGCUGGACAAAAACGACACGGCCUACCAGUGGAACCUGCGCGCCUUGGACCUGUCCGACAACCGAUUGGAGCGGGCCGUGUUCAUCAACAACACCCUGGCGAGCCUGCGCCUGCUCAACCUCAGCCACAACCACUUCUGGACCGUGCCCACCAACAUGCCGGCUGGCCUGGAGAUUGUGGACCUGUCCCACAACUCUCUGGUGCAGAUGCUGCCAGGCACUCUGAACCGGCUGCCUAGGCUGACCACGUUCUACCUGCACUCCAACCGCUUCUCCUCCGUGGGUCCUGGGGUCUUCAGCCGGCUGGGCAGCUUGAGGCUGCUCACCCUGGGGGAGAACCUCUGGGCCUGUGAGGACCGGGCCAACAUCAGCCACCUGCUGGACUGGCUCCAGCACACCUCCACCCAGGUGCUGGGUUGCCCGUGCCACACUCGGCCCGUCUGUGGAGAGCACAACCCGACCAAGACCGGAGGGUGGCACUUUGCCUCGUACACUCAGCCCCCGCUGGCCGCGGGUACUCCGGGAGAGCCGAGCCACCCCCCGCCCCAGGAGGUCCUCACCCGGUGGCCUUGGUACCUGUCAGAGUCUGCCUUGCUAAACACCCAGCUACACACCAGGAGAGCCCUACGACCCCCGAGUGAACCAGAAGACCAACACCUCCACACGGGUCACUACUCGUUCACCUCCACGCCUCAGGACGUCUCCAGCCAGGCCACAGGCAGGUCCGACACCGGAAGCAGCGCCUUGACCGUGGACGGCCCCGUCCUGAUAGACAGAGUGUUUACCACGGACCGCUUCAACACCACAGACGUGGCCUUCACCACCGACCACUCCACCACCACCACGAGGAGAACAGCCACUCUCCGCACCAGGAGUGUCAGGAGGCCAAACCAGGGUGGCGCCCCGGUCCCUAACACCAGCCCCCCCAGUGGCUGGACCAAAAUCCCGGCUCUGCUGAACCUGUGGCUUUUCGUGACUCUCACCCCGAACAUACUGGCUGGAGUGGAGGACAACAGAGUGGAAUGAACCCCAUUUUUCUUCCCAUUUGAAACACUGCGCCCAGACAGCUACAGCCUCACCAAUGAACACAACUCUCCAUUACUUUGACCAACAUACAACAUUCCCAGGCAAUAUAAUAACAUGUACAUACACCGACCAGCCUUCAACGCCAAAUAGCGUUACUUGGAUGAGGGGUGAAUGCUUUAGUACUUGCUAUCUGCUUCUUAACCAUUUUCAUCAACGCUGUAACACUACUGAGAUGUGUCUGCCCGUUUUUUAAUAAUAAACUGCGCCUUUUCACAACAAUCCAGAGGCUUCGACCUUCACUCAGCAGCCGGUGGCACCAGAGUUCAUGUUUAGGUUUCUGACAGGCAUGCUACAUUACUCAGUCAUGAGGGAGAGCGCUGCAGAUGUUGGUCUUCAGCACAGAGGGGUGACUACAUAACAGCAGGAGAGCUUGUCAAUCGGACUAAAGAAAGAUGCAACAUUUCUGUAGAGUUGUUGUGAAAAUCCUACUGACGGCCAGUUACUUUCUGGCUCAACAAGGCAUUGGGAUGGUGACAGGCAUGAACCUCACUGCGGCCAACCAAAACAGCAGUAACUCAUCUGGCGCCCCCUACAAUCUGUGGGGGCCUGGUCCCUUGCUCGUGGGUCUGUCCUCCG